GUGGAAAAGAUGGAAGCAGCGAUUGAAGCUGGAGACGCCACGCAGGCGCAGCAGCUGUAUGCAAAGUCCAAGCUGGACUUGAACAGGUAUCUUCCACAGGUUGAGCUCGCACCCCUGGAUUCUCAGGACUACACCCAUGAAUGGGACACACGUCCGGAG